UUCAACAUCUUCCCGGCGAUCUUCAGCAGGCAGCUCAACUUCUCCGCCGCCAACUGCGGCCAGAACAAGCUGAUGGACGAGCUGAGGCCCAACCUCGGACUCCUGGGCGUCGGCCUGGUGGAGAACGACAGUUUCCACCUGAACCACAACCAGGAGAAGAGGAAGUGUAGUAGCACCAGCUCCAACGAGCAGGACUUCGGACUCUAUGGGGUGCACCAGGGCCUCGAGGCCAGCCCGCCGACGCCCGCCGCGACGCCCGGGAGGAACAGCGUCGGGGCCACCACCACUGUCGGGGCCGAAGGAGCUUUCAAGAAAUUAAAACCGGAACCUUGCGCCUCCAGUCCACAUAUUGGCCACACGCCCACUACCGCAAGUUGUCCUACGCCGGCACGACGCAGACACAGAACAACCUUUACUCAGGAGCAGCUCGCGGAACUGGAGUCUGCCUUUGCGAAGUCCCACUACCCGGACAUCUACUGCAGGGAAGAGCUCGCAAGGAGCACCAAAUUGAACGAGGCCAGAAUCCAGGUUUGGUUCCAGAACAGAAGAGCGAAGUACCGCAAGCAGGAGAAGCAGCUGCAGAAGGCCCUGGCGCCGAUUCCCGCCUGCCAGGGUGCCAUGAUGAGGAACAUCUACCCCGGGGCCGGCAGGGGUUAUCAGCCUUAUCCGCACCCCCACAACAGCAUAAACGGGAUAAAUCGUUACCCACAGAUGGGCACGACAUCUUAUCCGAGUAUGACCCAGCCAUUCUCUAUGUCGCACUCCGCGUCGAACAUGUCGGCAGUGACCGGCAUGCGACAGGACACGAUGGGGAUGUCUGCCGAGGACGAGUGGUACAACAAGAGCAUCUCGGCUCUGAGAAUGAACACGGCCCAUCACCCGAAUCUCGCGGCGCCCAUGUUGCAGUAUCAAACAUAA